GAUUGAUGACAAUGACGGAGUUGUCACGAGAGGUUGGCGAAGUCUGGUCUAGAUUAUUUGACCAUCGCCCUUUUCUGAAUGGAGAAAUAAAAUUUAUGUUGAGAGAAUUUGAAGAAAAGCGUGGAGAUAGAGAAGUGGAAAACUUAUUUGUAAUUCUCGAAAAAAUCACCGAGAUUAAAGAUAGUCAAAUUGAGAGAAUCAAAAAAGGCUCAGAAACUUUACCAGUAUUGAGUGAAAAAUUAGAUCAGGCUUUAAAGCUCUGUGAAACCAUCUCAAAUGAAUAUUUACUAGUGCAUGAAGUAAGUAUUUGCCUUUAUUUAUUAUCCUUUUAGUAGUAAUUUUUAUAUUCAUAAGUUGUUCUUGCAGGAGGCUGAAAAGAAAAGAAUUAAAAACCAUACCCUUAGACAAGAGGAAUGGGAUCAGUUCAUUGAUGACUUGAAUUUUAAAUGUAAAAGAAUUGAUAACGCUUUUGAGGAAAAGGAAGAAGAAUUAAGGGACUUAUAUGCUGAUUUAAACCAUAAACUUAACAUAGCCAACAACUGAAUCAUGGACCUCAAAGGAUCGUUAGUUGAUACAAACCUAAGAAUAUACCCAUCAUACAAAUUAAAAAUAUUUCUGGAAAACGAAAAGCUUGGAGAUGAUCUGCCUGUUAAUAUUGGAAAGCUAACAAAAGGUGAAACUUAUAAACCAAAACAGAAUAAAUCUGAUUCAAAACCUUCAAAUAUAUAUUUGAAUGAAAACGAUAUCAAGACUAUAAAUACAAUUAAAGAUAAAAUCAAGGUAAAGGAUGUAAAUAAUUCUGAACAUGACAAUCCAGACCAACAGGGUAAUGAAAAGUCUGUUGAACACCCACCUGAUAAAGAUGAAAAGAAAGAUUCCUCUGAGGUAUCUGACGAUGUAAAAGCAGAAAUAUUUGAAAAAGAAAAUGUCUUAUUUCUCACUACGUCAGACAUAGAUUGGUUAUACAAUUACAUUAAAGAAAGGAGAAGCAAACAUGAUGAUAUACCAUAUUUGCAUGAGCUGUUAGAAGGUUCCAAUAUAGAGCUUCCUAAAAAUGAAGUUAUAAAGAGAAAUCCUGUUUUAGAAGCUAGAUGUGUAAAGCUGAGAGCUCAACAGGAAGCAAGGGAAUAUAGAAAAAUGACUAAGGGUGUGGAUAAUGUGAGACUGAGAUUUCCAGAAGACAGUAUAUCAUAUCAAUUAAAGCAAAUGAAUCGGCAAUUGAUAGCAAUCGGUCAGUUCAUAAUAUCAAUAUUUGCUGGCUUCUUGUUUGGAUUCAGAGGAGUUGAAUGGAUGGUGGGCAAUCUCGAUUUUGGAUUUAGGUUGCUUCUUGGUGUAAUGUGUGCUUUGAUAAUUGCUCUAGCAGAAAUAUAUUUCUUAGCCAAAAAAUUAAAUGAAGAAUUAAAUGUACCAAAAACAACACAAAUAGGUGGUCCCCCAACGUUUGUAAAUGAUAGGUUUAAUGCAAAUAAAAUAAGCAAACAUGAUAAACCUCAUCAAGAUUAAUAAAGUAAUUUUAAGUAUAGAACAAUAAGGUUACUUGCAUUACACAAUUCUUCAGAUAUUUAUCAAUAUAUUUAGCUACCAUUGUGCAGAAAUUAUGAAGCCUUAUUUCUUUAUUGCUUUUAAAGAAAAUGUUAGGAUUUUCUCUUGUAACUUAGCUGAAUAAGUUAUAUUGUUCUUGUUUGUUACUUGAGCGACUAUAUUUUAUUUAUUGCACUUAAGUUACUACUUUUGAAAUGCUCUGUUUUAUAAAUAAAUAAGGUAUAGAGAAAUGUAUGAGUUUUU